AUGUCUGGGGAAUUGGCUGUUGUCCCGGAAAAGAAGAAAGGUGGCCCGUCCUCCAUACAAUGUCCAAUGCUAAACUCGACCAAUUACACUGUCUGGUCAAUGAGAAUGAAAGUUGUGCUCAAGGUACACAAAGUGUGGGAUACUAUUGAAACAGGAUCGGAAGAAGGAGACAAGAACGAUAUGGCAAGAGCUCUCCUCUUUCAAUCCAUACCAGAAGCCCUAAUCUUACAGGUCGGAAACCUUGACACUUCCAAGGCGGUGUGGGAUGCCAUCAAGGGGAGACAUAUAGGAGCAGAGAGGGUGAAGGAAGCUAGGUUACAAACUUUGUCUGCUGAGUUUGAAAGAAUCAGGAUGUCAGAAGAAGAAUCAAUUGAUACGUUUGCUGGGAGGAUCUCGGAAUUAGCAACAAAGUCAGCAGAGCUAGGGCAAACUAUUGAUGAGCCAAAGAUUGUUAAGAAAUUUCUUGCAAGCUUACCUGACAAAAAGUUUAUAACUAUUGUUGCUUCUCUCGAACAAAUUCUCAAUCUCAACAAGACAAAGUUUGAAGACAUCGUAGGGAGGUUAAAAGCUUACAAAGAAAGAGUUAAUGGUGAAGAAGUACAUCAAAACGAUCAAGGAAAGCUCAUGUAUUCGAACAUUGGACUCACAGAGCUACCAAGAUGGAUACGGACGUGGAGGUGGAAGAAAUCAAGGCGGUCGUUUUGGUGGACAAGGAAGAGGACGUGGACGUGGAACUCCUCAACAGAGCAAUAA